UUGUUAGAAACAUUACAGGAACUGAUAUCUCAAGAAAUUAAUGGCGACUGUUUACUUUCCAUUGGAACUGCUGCCAGGAACUAAAUAAAGGCAAUGCCGUCGGCUUGUUCUCAGGUAUAAUCUCCAAAGUCUCAUCACAUCAAUGGAAAUAAACUCAAGAAAAUUGAUUUAAGCCAUCUCGCCAUUAGACUUAGGAAGGCGAUAGCAACCAAAGAUUUUCCAGACAUCUGAUUCGACACCUUAUUUUCUAUAGGAUGGUCAUUAUGGAAAGAUAACAACAUUUGAGGGAGCUUUAUCUGCCGAGAAGCAUGCCAUUCUACAGAGACUAUCUAUAUCUUCCCAUCUGUAACUCAAUAUUCCUGGACAGAGAGCAGCAGUCCUCUUCAAGACGGUAGGAAAAGAACCCAGGUUGUUCCUUCGCUGUCUCCAGGACAUCAUCUGUGACCAAUGGUCACCAUGACAGCUAAAGCAGUUUUCAAAUGUCAUCCGAGCUCUCAUCACUUUGAUGAGCGGCACAUUAGACUGACCGAGCCUGUCAAGAUCGGCCGUUCGGUCGCAAAGGCCCGCCCGGCCUUGGACAAUGGGAUAUUUGAUUGCAAAGUGUUGUCCCGGAACCAUGCGCUCAUCUGGUACGACUUUGAUCUUUUAAAGUUCUUCUUACAAGACACAAAGAGUAGCAAUGGAACGUUUGUCAAUAAUAAUCGCCUUAGCAGGGGGUCGGAGGAGAGCCCCGCCCAUGAGAUUUGUUCUGGAGACAUUGUCCAGUUUGGAGUAGAUGUUGUAGAAAACUCAAGGAGAGGAACUGUGACUCAUGGAUGUAUUGUAGCUCAACUAUCACUAUUCCACCAAGAUGGCACAGAAGCAACAAGAAGUGAUUCAAGCCUGUCAGUGCCAGCAGGUUUCUCCGGCCAAUCAAUACAAGGCAACAACAAUGUUCCAUCUCAAGAACUCUACCAACUUUCACACUACCUCAAGGAAGCACUUCAUAGAGAACAGAUGCUUGAGCAGAAGCUGGUUGCGUUACAGAGGUUGGUAUCGUCUACGCAGGAGGCAACGGACAGUAGCUGGCAGGCUCUCAUCGAUGAGGACAGGUUACUCUCAAGACUGGAAGUGGUAGAAAAUCAACUCAGGGCAUAUUCUAAGGCGAACACGGAGGAGAGCAUAAGGAAGGAGCUGAUAGCACUACAAGAAGACAAGUCCAACUAUGAAAAGACUGUCAAGGAUUCAUUGAAAAAAGCCCUGGAGGAAAAGCUGGAAGCAUGCAGGAAAGUUGCAGACACAGAGCGAAUGUUGAGCAACUCGGAAGACGAGUGUGCGCACGUCAGGGAAGAGCUGGAGAACCUGAAGCAGGAGCAGGAGAUGCUCCUGGAGAAGUAUUCCCAGCUGGAGAAGGACAGCCAGGAGCUGCUCCAGAAGAUGAACGAGACCGACCGGCUCCACGAGGAGGAACUGGAGCGGUUGAAGGAGGAGCAGGGAGAAGUCCAGCAGAGGCUGAUUGCACUGCAGAUAACCGAGAGUACUCUGGGAGCCAGAGCGGAGGAGCUCCAGGCGGAGAACGACUUCAUCAAGGACCAACUCAUCUCAACAAAAGAACGUCUGGAGGAAGCACAGGAAGCUCUGAAGCGAGUCGGUAGUCCACAGACGGAGGGUGAUGUGAGCAAUCAAGACCAAGAUGAAAAGGAGGAUGAAAAGGAAGCUCCAACAGAGGAAAACAAUGAAGAGGAACCCGCUAAACAUAAAGCAGACAUCUCAUUAUCCCCUCCAGGUCCGGGGCCUCCAGUGGAAGGUGAUGAAAUUCCGGUACAUCACAUAUCUCUAUUAACGAAUGGUGAUGACAGGACGCCCACUCGAGAGUCUGGUGUUCAAGUGGAGACCAUGUGGAGGGAAGCCACCAAAAAGGAGAUGAAUGGCAGGGUGAAAGAUGCAACAGAUGGUGCUAUGUUGGAUUCUGUGAAAACUUUGAAGAAUACUGCAGAGGAGUCUGUCCUUAGACAAGUAUCUAGAAAGAAAUUUGAACUUGAAGAAGCGGAGCAGAGAAUAGCGGAAAGCAACAGGACGAUAGCUGGUCUAAAAAAUGAAUUAAGUCAAGCCCACCAGGAACUGGAGAAACAUAGUCAAGAAAUCAACUCACUAGAGCAGCGGUUGCAGGACGCGGAGGAGCACACCAGGACGGCCGUGGAGAAGGCCGUUGCGGAACUCAGGGAAAGACUAUCCCCAGAGGUUGGCUCUGAUAGCCAGGACAAUGAUUCAGAAACCUCUAGCAUACAAACAUUAGUUGAUGAACCUAUGAUAAUGGUCAAGGAACAAGAGAGGCAACUGGCUGCAGCGCCAGGCGGGGGUAUAUCGUCGUCAAAAGAGUCGUCGUCAACGACGUCUUUGAAUUCCUCGAGUGACAGUGAUGGUAGACUUCAAAAUCAUGUACAAGACGAUAGUGCAAACUCCUCAGGCUUAAAUGAAACUCUGCUAGAAAUUGACACCUUGAAAGAUGAACUGCACACGUUACGACAGAAGUACAGUCAACUAGCUACAGAGAAUGAAUCAAUCAGCAAGCAAUUACAGACCACUCAACAGGCCGCUAAACUCGCAACAGAUAAUGCUACCACCUUGAAAGGUAAAUUGGAAGAAGCAGAAAAGUCAUCCAGGGCAAUCUCGGCCCAGCUACCUUCAUUACAAGAAAAAUUAAAUAAGGAAUCAGGGCUGGUACAGCAAUGUCGUCAGGAAAUAGAAAGUUUAAAAAAAAAUUUAGCAGAGUCUAAUCAGUCAUCUAUGAGUAGUAAAACAGAGCUAUCACAAUGCAAAGAUAAAAUCAUAACCCUCUCAGGUGAUUUGGAAAGAGAGAAAGAAGCGAGACAAAAGCUUGACAAGCAAGUCACCCAAAUAGCAGCCCUGGAAGCAGAGCUAGACAAGGAAAGGAAGGAGAAAGCCGUACUAGAAACUAAAGUGAAACAACUGCAGAAGAGGAUAGCAGAGCUUGAAGAAUUGGAAAAGAAAAGGAUUAUAGAAAAUGAUAAAGAUACGGCAACGUCUCCUUCUGAAAGCGGUGAUCUCAAAUCAGCAGUGUCUUCUUUGGAAGCUGACCUGGAAAGUUCAAGACAAGAGAAGAACAGACUCAAGGAAGAAGUUAGCAAACUUCAAAAACUUCUCUCAGAAUCUGAAUCGGCAAGAAGGAAGCUAGCUGAUGCUAAAUCAGAUGGUAGCAUGGAGACUGUAGACUUCAAAGCAGAAAAGGAAAGUCUACAAAACCAAUUGACCAAAGCUAAUGAGGAUAUUGAGCGAUUGCGUAGUAGUCCUAGUCCUAGACCCCAAGACGUGGAUCUACUGAGGCAGCGCUUAGAGGCUGUUACACAAGAGUUGAACAGAACGAAGGAUAAUAAUGCAAUUGUCCAGAUGAAGUGGUUACCUGUGUGUGUGAUAGGCAUAGCCAUCCUGGCAGCUGUGUUUCAGGCUUUCCUGGCCAUGCGAGUAGAGGUAUGACGUCCAGUCCUCGUAUGCAACCAUAUCCACCCACAGCCGUCACAAGAAAUGAAGUCCAUGCCGUACUCUGUGAUCCUGCCAUGAUAUGUACUACGAGGAGCAUUUUCCUUGUGUCUCUGCCGGUCAAUUACUUUUGUAGGAAAGAUGAAGCACGUCCUGACUGAAAAGACCCAUGUUCUGUCCAAGUCGUGAUUCUCUCCGAAGCCUCUGUGUAUUGAUCUGAAUGCUACAUUUAGAUUUAAGUCAUGGAGCUGUUUCACGAGAGUUCAGUGUAAAGUGCCAAUUGUGGUAUUCAAUGUUUGAUCUUAUUUAUCAGGAGCACACAUCCUCUGAGUCUGAUCUCACCAAUGCGAUGAUGCGGUAUGCAAUAAAGUCUGUGUUAGCCCAUCUCUAUAGUAGCUACCUGCCUAAUAAGGUCACAUUUUGGGUGGUCACUAUAUACACAACUGGGACUUCAAGUUUGAUUGAAAGUCACACUUAAACCGUUUGCGAUACAACCGAGAGGAAAUUUUCUGGUCAUAUUUCACUAACAUGUAGAUUUUUAGGUUAUGUUGGUGAUUUUUUUGGGGGGGAAAGAAAAUGUGUGGGUGUCAUUUUUGUCAAUGAAUUGUCUGAUUCAAUUAUAAUGAUUCUAUUUCACUAGCAUCGCUGCAUCAAUGUUGUAUGAAACUUUGUCAGUUGAAGUUGGAUUUUCUUGUAUCCAUGACCAAUCACCCACAUUGACUGUAAAAUAAAUUAUGAAUAAUUCAUACAAUUCUCAUUUUGAGGAGAUGGUAUUUGUUCUUCAAAUGUUAUUGACCUACAUUUAUUUGAAUUUGAUUGUAUUUAAUCUGGGGUGAUUCACAAACAGUUUGGGGUGAUCAAAGUCAUACUUAAACAUCAAUGGGCAUAUGAUAUAUACAGUGGUGCUAGAAAGUUAGCGAUCCCCACCGCAUCAUGAACUCCUUCAUGCCGAGUGUUGAAUGUAGACAACAACACUUCAAUGUCCGGUGAGCCCAGAGAAACAAACGUUAUUGAAUGUAAUAUUUUAUCACCUGACUUCACAAUGAACUAUCUAUAACGGGGCAGAACUUGAACACUUUUAAAUAUGUUCAUUAGGUGGGGUUCACUAACUCGUUACCAUCACAUUAUCACAUGACCUCAUUAUGAGUAUGCAGGAGCAUGGAUCCAAUGGGCUUGAUCUGACUAAUGACCAAUGCAGAGCUGCCAAGUAGUACUGAUUUUCAGUAUUUAGUACUGAAAAAUGAGAAGAAUACUGAUAGUUUCACGUAAAAAUACUGAUUUCUUAAGUUUCAGCUUUACAUGUGGUCCUAUGGUAUUCUUUGAAAAUACCGAUUUUCUCACCGAAAUGCGUAUUUUCAGCUUUAAAAUAACUGAAAUGUUCUUUUUCUGAUUGGCAGCUCUGCUAAUGAGGUGAAAGGUCAUGUACAGCAUGCAACUCGGAAUUUAAGUGUCAUUUUCAGUCACAAUUGAGUCUUUGUGAAACUACCCCAUGGGCCUGUUACA